AGCGGGGGCCCAGCAGCUGGGCGGGUCGGGGAGCAGUUCCCUGUCCGACUGGGAGCCACUGGCCCCACCCACAGGCUGCAACUCGAUCCCAGUUGUAGCCGAGCCGGAAGCCGGCCGCUCUGUCCCAAGAUGGCGGCUCCCGGACGCCCCGCGGCCCUCCUGCUCCUGCUGCGCCUCGGCCUGGUGGCGGCCUUUCCCAACGGCCGUGUGACCGAGUCCUGCGGGGACAUGGUGCCCCGGCACGGCCACCCCCCACGCCCCGACCCCAAACACAGCGUGGCGGUGGCCCGGACGACGUUCUCGCCGGGGGACCAGAUCGAAGUGGCUGUGUCGGGGCCGGAGUUCAAGGGCUUCCUCCUCGAGGCCCGGAAUGCCGAGGACCCGAGCGGCGCCCCCGUGGGCUCCUUCACGCUGAUCGACAAAGAGGCGUCCCAGCUGCUGACCUGCGGGGGGAAAGAGGGGUCCGCCGUGAGCCACUCCAAUGCGCACAAGAAGACCGCCGUGAAGGUCCUCUGGGACGCCCCCCACAGCGCCCCGAACCACGUGCAGUUCCUGGCCACCGUGGUGGAGAAGUACAAAAGCUACUGGGUGAGGCUUCCCAGCCCGGUCAUCUCCCAGCCCAAGGCCCCGCCCUUCUCCACGCCCGCGGCGACCCCAGCGCCUUCGCCAGCCUUGCCUGCCGCCUCCGUUCUCUCCGGGCCAUUCAGCGCCGCGGGCUGCGGGAGCAGCAAGUUCUGCGUGCGGAGCCCCUCGGCCUGUGACCCGGCGGCCGAGCACGCCUGCCUCUUCCUGUCCUUCACGCCGGACGGCCGGUCGGUGACGGUGGAGCUGAGCGGCCCCAGCAAAGGCUACCUGUCCUUCGCCUUGUCCCACGACAGGUGGAUGGGCGAUGACGAUGCUUACCUGUGUAUCCAUGACAACCAGGCCGUGAGCAUCCGACCUGCCCAUCUGACUGGGCGGAGCCACCCUGCCCUGGACUCCUGGGACACCCUGGAGGCAGUGGCCUGGCGGCUGGAGGACGGCGGGAUGCAGUGUUCUUUCAGGAGGGACAUCGCCCUUCCCGGGGUUAAGGGCAGGUUUGACCUAAACACCAGCUACUACAUCUUUCUAGCAACUGGAGCGGCUGAGGAUGGUAAAAUUUAUAGACACUCCCAGCAGCCUCUGAUUACAUACGAAAGACAUGACGUGACAGGUGAUCCGCAGGACGUGGGAGCGUCUGGGGCCCAGCCCCUGCUGAGGGCUCACGGGGCCCUGAUGCUCGUGGGCUGGAUGACCACGGUCAGCGUGGGCGUCAUCGUCGCCCGCUUCUUCAAGCCCGUCCUGUCCAGGCCUCUGUUUGGCGAAGCCGCCUGGUUUCAGGUGCACCGGGCGCUCAUGCUCCUCACCUCCGUCCUCACCUGCAUCGCCUUCGUCCUGCCCUUCCUCUACCGGCGAGGCUGGAGCCGCCAUGCAGGUUACCACCCCUACCUCGGCUGUGUGGUGCUGGCGCUGGCGGUUCUGCAGCCGCUGCUGGCGGUCCUGAGGCCAGCUCUGAACGACCCCAGGAGGCAGCUGUUUAACUGGACUCACUGGGGGCUGGGGACCGUGGCCAGGAUCGUGGCAGUGGCCGCGAUGUUCCUGGGGAUGGACCUGCCGGAGCUGGCCCUGCCCGGCCCGUGGAAGACCUACACCAUGCUGGGCUUCGUCGCCUGGCACGUGGGGACCGAGGUCCUGCUGGAGGUGCACUCUUACCGCCUCUCCCGCAAAGUUGAAAUACUGGAUGACACUAGAAUUCAGAUUAUGCAGCCCUUUACCAUGGCUGAGGCAGAAGAAGGCCACGGCUUUAAGAAGGCGGUGCUAGCCGUGUACGUCUGUGGGAACGUGACUUUUCUCGUCAUAUUCUUGUCUGCCGUCAGCCAUCUCUGAGCCGGCUGCGGCCUUGCUGUGCCGGCCAGGCCAGGCGACGGUCCCAUCGAGCCUCGAACACGAGGCCCGUGCCGCCUGCCGGGCGGGGGCAGGACAUCGGAGCCGGAGACCAGGCCAGGCCCACGUGGGGUCCCGGCGGCUGGCCCUCAGGGUCCUGUGGCCUGGGACGCGCCGUCCAGCCUUUGGGUGCAGGUCCGAGUCCUAAAGGGAAGGCCGAGGAGGAGUGACCCUCGAAUGUUUCUCCUUUUUGCACCUUUUUAUUGAAUGUAUGGGGGUGACCCUGGUUAACGAAAUGGCACAGGUUGCAGGUGGGCCGCUCCACCACACACGGUCUGUACACUGUCUGGCAUGUCCACCACCCCAAGCCAGGCCUCCUCCCAUCACCACCGACCCCGUCUACCCUCCCCACCUCCCUGCAGCAUUUCUAUGCUGAGAUGCUUAAGAAUGUGCCGAAACCGGUUUGGCUCAGUGGUAGAGCGUCAGCCUGAGGACUGAAAGGUCCCGGGUUCCAUUCCGGUCAAGGGCGUGUACCUUGGUUGC